CCACUGUGAUUAAGGAGCACUGUAGUAAAGCGCAACGUGACAAUUCCCUCACAUUUCUACCUAACAGCCAGAGUGCGCAGGGGAGCUCAUUAUGAACAUCAGACACCCCGAGUUUGAGGAUUAACCUGACUGUAGUCAACAGCAAUUACCCCGAGGUUUUGGGAUGGGGGGCGUGGUUGUAUUUUCGUAAUUGGCGGUAUCAGGCACUUGCGCAUCGCUGUUUACGUUUCUGCGGCACCGGUACCACGCUGAACUGCUGCGCUGGAACUAUGCGGCUCUUCAGGCUCUGCGAAGCUCAGAUGGCGCGUAUUGAGCAGUGAUGAUGUCUCUGUCUGCGGACGGUCCGACAGGCGCACCGAGCGCACCCGCCGAUACAGUGUGUGGAUCCGCCGGUCCGCCAGCGGACGUCUCGCGCUCCUCUGUUGCCCGCUGCGCUCGGGACAGCGUCUGCCCGCCACUUCAAGCCAAGCCGAUACUCACCCCACCAAUGUUCACCUUCCAAAGAAUAAACGCUCCAGUGAAGAGGAGAUCCGAGGAAGAGCUGAAUGGAACCGGCAUGAACAAACGUGCCAGGUCGCUCACCUGUCCCUCCUUACUGAGUUGGCCUCGAAAAGCAGUUCCCUGUAACAAUGGCAGACGAGUUCGUUCAUGUUCUCUGUCUUGUCUAUCACCUUCACCUGUCUCUGGAACAAAUGUCUUCAUGCCUUCAAACAUGCACCGCCUGAUCAGUGGCUCCGCCUCCACAGUGUCUCCUCGAGCCAAAGUAAAGAACACCCAACCGAGACCGUCUACACCGCCAGAGCCCAAGCACUGGCGGGCCUACAACAUGCCUCAUCUCAGCCGGGUUAGUGGAGACACCGCUGAAGACCUCUCCAGAGUCACUGUUAGCCUCCCGUCUUCAGAUAGCCCCAUGGAACAGCAGACACCACCCAAAACUAGCAGAACCCUCUCACAGACGACGGUGGAUGUUGCUGGAAGCAUCCAGUUUGUGUUUGGGGAGAACAUGAGCGAGAGAGUUCUGAGUCCACAGAAAAGCCCAUGUGGUGAGGAAAUGUCUGGGACAGACUGCAGCUCCAAUGACUCGGACUCCUCCAGCUCCGAGGCCUCUAACACAAUGACCGUACAGAGCACUUUGUGGGAGUCUGCAGCAGCCUACACUAAUGCCUGUAGGAGGCGCUGUCUACCCAAACAAGUCAAGGUCUUUACUGGGGAAGAGAACGAGAGCAAUGUUGUGCAGCUGACAUGUAAGCUGUUUGUCCUGGAGAGAGGCUCGCACUCAUGGAGGGAGAGAGGGAGGGGCAUCCUACGACUGAACGACCUGAAGAGAGGAGCGAGGGGAUGUUUGCAGUCGAGAAUGGUGAUGAGGCACGAAGGCAAUCUAAAGGUGAUUCUGAACACCAAGCUCUAUGCACACACGCACCUGCGGCGUCCCACGCGCUGUAACCUGCAGUUGACGGCCACGGACGUGGAGAGCCGUGGCGUGCGUGUGUUUCUGAUCCAGGCGAGUGCCCGAGACGUGGCGCGCCUCUACGUAGCCGUGCACCACAGGCUGGUGGCACUGCGGUGCUCGUCUGCCAGCGUGGCGCUGGGGGACGGGGAUACGGAGACAGCCCUCGCAGACCGGGAUGGACCCUGCAGCAACGAGGAGGAAGAGGACGAUGAGGAAGAGGAGGCUGAAGAGGACGCGAUCUUCAUCACGCAUGUGAGAUCUGGGGACUGUAAUUGGAGGCACAGCCAUUCUAGACUCCGCCCUUGACCCCACCUCUACCCAUGGGCCUGAAAAUGUUUCCUGUCUUGCCUCUGGCCUCAGCCGUUCCAGAGCACCCAUGGGCACCAUGUCCUACUGUGUUCAGUCCAAAGAUAGAAGCCACGAUGACAAACAUUAUAGAUAACACUAUUAGCAAUCAGCCUGCAAGGUUUGUCUAUAGUAUUGACAGCAAUCUUUUGCCAAAGAAUAAAUGAGAUUAUAUUAUGCUAUAAAGACACUUUUUUUUCUUUUUUCUGAUAAAGGGGCAAAAAAUGAGGAGAUUGUAAUGAGUAAAACUUGUGCUUUGACCUUUUCUUAUCUUAAAUUCACACUAAGCAGUCAGAAGCUCAGAGACCAUUUCAGAAAACUGUGAAACCAUGAAGAUGUGUGGACUGUUCGUGUCUGGAGAGUUCUGUCAAUUGCUCUGUUGCUAGAAAAGGACUUUGAAUGGAAUAUGAAUGUUUUUUUUGUAACACUUUGCAGAAAGGGGGUUUAAUUCGGUUCUGCAAAAAUGUGGACUAAAGAUCAGUGAUUCAUUCUCCAUAACUGAAAAGCUCAAUAUAGGCUCACUACAGGUUGUAGACUGUAGGUCAUUAGCUACAUUUGCAGCCUUGUGUUUUGAAUGAUACGUUAGCAGACACAAACAUGUUUCACUGUAAUAACAUGAGAUUUGCAGCCUACCUCAUGAACAGUAUGGACAAUGUCAGCUCUUCAGCACUGAGUUAUGCUUUUAAAUCUCAGAAGAGUAUUAUUUCUGGCUUUUUAUCUUUUAAAACUUUUAAAUUGUUGUUUCUUCAAAUGUAAAUUCAAAAGACAUAUAGUUUCAUUUUUCUUUGCAUUUCUAUGGAUUUUACUAUUGUUUUUAUUGGUAAAUCUGCAAAUAUUAUAUUUGCCCCUGACAAAUUUUGAAAGUUAAAAUAUAUAGGAAGAUUUUGCCAAAAUUCUUAUAGAUUUCUAUAACAUUAUUUUGUCAGAUAUAUUAAAUAACUAAUUAUAACACACA